UUUAUAUGCUACUAAUACCUUGUACUUGAUAGCUUUAAAGCAUUGUACUUUGACAUGUCUGUGAUUAUCAUAUUGCUCCGCUUCGUAAUAUAUAACCGCCUGAGCCUCAGCCUUAUCCAUUCUCUCCCUGUUUUCGCUUUUGCUGUGCAUUUCCUCCGCUUCUCUCCUUUCAUUUUCCCCCAGCUUUUUGCUUUUUGCUUUUUGCUUUUUGCUAAAUCUCCAAUCUCUUUGAUUUGUGAGAUCUCAACUGAACUAACAAAGGGAUAAUUACUGUGUCGCUUGGUUUGACUUCUCCCAAACUUACCAAGACCAAACUGAAUUCGAAGUUAGUGGAACUGUCUACAUUCGAAAAUACAACUGAUUCGACAUGCCGUAAACAAAAAGGCAAAAGUCAGUGCUCUGAAGAAAGAUGCGCCAAAGUAAAACAGCGACGCCGUGAAGUGUAUAGAGCUACGGCAGUUGAUGAAAGGCAAAUAAACUUACUGCAACGACGAACGGCAUACCUUCAUUCUACGACAGAGUUGUUUGAGCAAAGAGCCGACGUAACCGUAGCCUCAUCUCCUCUCUUGGAAACAGCAUAUGUGUCCGUAGUGCAUGGUUCCGCUGCUGUUGAUAGUGACAGAAAUCUGGCUGGUCGUCCUAGCAUUUUUGAAAUUGGUAAGUUCAGCUCAUGCUGCUUAAAUUUAUAGAUUGCCCUAAACACCCAGAAUUAAAUGAGGAUUCCUUAUAUUUAUUUAGGAUCAACAUCGAACAGCGACCAACCCGUAUAAUAUUAACUCGCGUGCCGUCACAAACAAAGGUUUGUUUUAUCUAGGUUUAAAAUCAUUUUAACCAUUUCUUUCUCUUGGUUAAAAUUCUUUGUGUUUACCAAAAUCUUAAAUACGCAGGUCGUAAAUCUAGAGCAUUGCGUCACUGCAACAUUAAUGACUUGCCUAAUACCUCGUCCACCUUGAAAACUGUACCAAACUGUAAAUUUUAUAAAGCCAAAAGAUUUCAAUAUGAAUCACCAGGAUUUUGUUGUGACAAUGGGUCGGUGAAAUUGAUUCAUUAUGGGUUACCUGCUGAAUUAACAAAUCUUUAUUCAGGGAAUUCCGAGGAAUCUAAACAUUUUCGCACUUACGCCAGAAUGUACAACAAUAUGUUUGCAUUUACUUCUCUUGGAGUGAAUUAUGACAGAAAUUUAGCAAAAAGAAAUCGUGGUAUUUAUACAUUUAGAGUUCAAGGGAAAAUGUAUCAUUUCAUCAAUGAGUCGGUCAGCCAAAAAUAUUCAGCUAUAUUUCUAUGAUACAGAAAAUGAGCUAGCAAAUCGGAUGGCAUUCUCGGACCAGCUUAACGAAUCAGUUAUCAAAACUUUGAUGGACAUAUUAAAACUCAAUCCAUACUCUGUCUUUCUGAAAUCUUUAAUACAUAUCCCUGAAUUAUCGAACUUUUAUAUUGAGCUUAAGUGUGACUCUACUUUAGACCAACGGACUUAUAACUUACCAACAUCAUCAGAAGUAGCAGGAAUAUGGAUAGAAGAGGAAAGCAGUUCCAACGUGUCUUUACCACACAUUCGCAUUUACACCCAGAGUAGCAAGAGCCAAUUGAUCAAUUAUUAUUAUGGUUGUUAUGAUCCGUUGCAGUAUCCGUUACUGUUUCCUUAUGGCCAGAAUGGAUGGCAUUGUGAUAUUAAAAAGGUUAUUUAAACGAAUAAUACUGUUAGGCGUAGAAGUUACUACGAACAUGAGCAGCUCCCAAGUAUAGAGAACAUCUGCUCGGUUGAGAUGCUCCUUGACAUGGAAGCUCAACUCGUGCAAGAAAAAGAAAAGAAAACGAAAUAAUGUGUCAUGCCGUGAAUACUACAGUUACAAAUUCCAAAUGAGAGACGACGAAGAAAAUGGAGUUUUGCACGCUGGCAGAUUAUUCCAACAAUAUUCGGUUGACGGAUUGAUCAAGCUUGAGACUCAAAGGUUAGAUUUCUAUUCAUUUAACCCUGACUUAUUUCGAGUUGAUAUGUUAUCAGGGAUUCUUGAUUUUCUAAGACAUGGAGAAAGAGAUGCAUCAAAAAUUGGCAAAAAAGGUUUUCUUCCGGCAAGUUUUACAGGGGGGCCUAGAGAUAUGCGCCAAAGAUAUAUGGACGCUGUUGCGUUGGUACAAUAUUUUGGAAAACCUGAUAUAUUUAUGACAAUGACAUGUAAUCCAUCUUGGCCAGAAAUAACUGAACAUUUAUUGGUAACAGAUGAGGUACAAAAUAGGCCUGAUUUAGUUAGCAGAGUGUUCCGAGCAAAGGUAGAAGAGAUGAAAACAGAUAUAUUAAAGCGAAAUAUUUUUGGAAAAGUCGCUGCUUUUAUGUACACUAUUGAAUUUCAAAAGUGCGGUCUUCCCCAUGCUCAUUUUCUUAUUAUACUCAACACUGAAUAUAAACUUUUAACUCCGGAAUCUUACGAUAAAAUUGUUUGCGCUGAAUUACCUGAUUCUGAUACGAGUGCUUACUUGUACUCACUUGUUACUAUACAUAUGAUGCACGGACCUUGUGGUACUUUAAAUCUGAAAUGUCCUUGUACGAAGAGUAAGGGAUAUUGUAAGUUUAAAUAUCUGAAAGAAUUUGCUGAUCAUACAUCAAAGGGAAAAAGUUCAUAUCCAAUCUAUCGCAGACGAAAUACUGGAAAACUUGUGAAAAUUAGAAAACACUUUCUUGACAAUUUGUGGGUAGUUCCUUACAAUCCAUAUUUACUGAGCAAAUUUAAUUGCCAUAUUAAUGUUGAAGUUUGUUUUGAUAUUAGAGUUGUCAAGUAUAUUUAUAAAUAUAUCUGCAAGGGACAUGAUAAAAUUGCCUUCUUCGUACUGGCUGAUGAUCCAAACAUCGAAAUUGAUGAGAUCAAAGAAUAUCAAUCUGCUAGAGGGUUUCGGCACCAGAGGCAACUUGGCGUUUAUUUGGUUUUCCUCUUAGUGAGAUGACUCCAACUGUUUACAACCUUCAGCUACAUCUUAAAGAAUUAAUCAGGAUGCCAAGAAUAUAAACUUACUUUACAAGGAAUUUCCACAAUAUUUUGUCUGGUCCAAACGAGAUAGAACGUGGAGCCAUCGAAAGCAAGGCACUGUUAUUGGACGUAUUGUGAUGUCUCACCCAACAGAGGGAGAAAGAUAUUAUCUUAGAUUAUUAUUAAUGAAUAUAAAAGCACCGAAAUCAUACAAAGAUUUGAGAACUGUAAAUGGAGUUUGUUGUAUUACGUUUAGAGAGGCAGCAGAAAAAAGAGGAUUGUUACAAUGUGACAAUAACUUGAUAGAUUGUAUGUCCGAAGCUGUAAGAUAUCAAAUGCCUUACAGUUUGAGACGUUUGUUUUCUACGCUAUUGGUAUAUUGUAAUCCUGCUAACCCAAAAGAACU